UCUAUAAUUAACAGUUCAAUUGAUUUAAACUGUCACCAACUAUUAUGUAGAUAAUGUUUAUACUCGAGUUGUUAACAAAUGUUAACACAUUAAAUUAUUGACAAAGGUUGGUGCACCGUUUUUUAACCAGAAUAAUAAAUAAAAAUGGAGGCUGAAUCAAAUGAGAGCAAUCGGUUUGAAAUUUCGGAAAAUGUUGAUAACUUUAGCGUAAAUUUUCAAAGUUCAUACGAUUAUUACAAACCAAAAAGUGUAAGUUUUUGUGCGAACAGUCAAGUAAACGAAAAAUCUGUACUGCUCUCCGGCAAAAGAGACCAAAAAGCAAAGUUUGACGCGAAUGCAUCUUUUUUUCAAUCAAGCCAUGUUUUAACACAAAGCGGCAUACUUGGCUUUGAUAGUGCAACAGUAGCGAGAAUUGGUCAAAAGGAUUUCGGAGCGUCAAAAACUGUAUCAUUAGCUCACAUUCCUUCUGAUGACAGACGCAUUUCAAAUAUUAUAUUUUUCUUUUCUAGCCAAAGUAUGAUUACAAGUUUGUCGGUGUAUGCUUUGCCAUUUUUAGCGGCGCACUACGGAGUUACCGCUCUCGUAAUGAUUGCGGUGAUUGGUGCGCUCAUGUGUUACACCUGCAUGUUAAUAAACGAAUGUCAAUAUCAAGUUUCUAAAGAUGGUGUUAAAAAAAGAGUGUACCAAAGCUAUGUCGAUAUGGGUAGCGAUUGUAUUUCAUGGCAUGGAGAAACCAUUAUGAAAUUUUUUGUUGCAAGCAAUGUGAUGACAGAUAUUUAUAUAUUAAUUUUUUGUUCUCAAAUAACGGUUGAUUUACUACGAAACGUUGUGCACUUUGAUAAACGAAUCUGGGCAGUUUUAUGGAUUUGCGCUGCAUUUCCCCUCUUUUUUAUUCCACGCAUGUCAAUUUUAGCAUGGUUUGGUUUUUUCUCUUUAGGAUUUUUUGUUGUUGGCACUAUUUUAGCAUUUGUGCUUAUGGUAACAAAAUGGCAAGAAUGGACUUAUCAACACAUGAACCCAACUUUUUCAAUAAAUCAUUUUUUUAUUGGGUAUGGAAUCAUAAUUAACUCGUACAAUCUCCACCUUGCAGUCCCAGUUAUGGAAGCAACAAUGAUUCAUCCAGAAAAAUAUAAAGUAUUAACUUGCGCAUCUUAUGGAGUUUGUACUAUUAUAAAGGUUAUAUUUUCUAGUGUUGGUGCCUUAAGUUUUGGAAUUUUAACGCAAGGAUCCGUGUUGAGCAAUUUUGAAGGAUCGGCGUUUGCUCUGACUAUCCCUACAUUAAUUGCUGUAAGUAUGUAUUUAAUGUACCCAACUUCUGUUUUUGUUGUUUUUGAUAUGGCAGACAACUUUCUACUUCCAAAAUUACCAUACUUUAACAAAAGUACCAAUAAAAGGAAACUUUGGAUUUUCAUAUCAAGAGUAUCGACAACAGGGUUUGUACUUUUGAUCACUGUUUGCGUUCCUAACUUUGAAAUGGUAACUAGUUUUGUUGGAAAUGUUCGCGGCACCUUUAUAACUGUUAUAUUGCCUGUAUAUUUUUACCUAAAGAUACGCAGAAGACACCUUUCACUUUUUAGUAAAAUAUUUCAUUGGAUGUUAAUAAUAGUUUCUUUUGUUUUUGGUUUUGCAGGAGCUUCAUUUGCCAUAUACGGUAUUGUUAAAGGUUAAAAAAAAAGAAAGACACUUUAAAAAUACUGUUGUUGCAUUUAAAUAACUCUUGCCAAUCUCCUUUCAACUGCAUCACAAUUUAAUAACAAUAUAGUUAAUAUUAGCCUAAUAUGAUAGUAAAUUAAAAUUUUUAUUUAUUAGAUAAAAUAAAAAUUUUUGUCAAA